AUGUAUAAAUAUUUAAAAGCAUUUUUUUUUGUGUUAUAUAUAUUUCUUUGUAAAAGUACAUAUUCACAUAAUAAAAUAUAUAUGAAAUAUCAUUGCAAUUUUAUUUUUUCAUCUUUGAAGUUACAUAAUUUAAAUAAUACUAGGAAGAUAUUUAAGCCAUUGAAGGUUAAAAAAAAAAAAUAUUCUAUCUAUGUUAACGAAAAUUUAAAUUUGGAAAAAAUAAAUAAACUCAGAAAUGUAGUUAAAGAGAUAAAAAAAGACAACAUAAAAGAAUUUGAUGAAGAAGAAAAAAAAAAAAGAGAAAGUGAAACAACUGCGUGGAAAGUCAUUUUGUAUAAUGAUGAUAUUCAUAACUUUACUUAUGUAACUGAUACAAUUGUAAAAGUUAUUGGACAAAUUAGUAAAGCAAAGGCACAUACAAUUACAGUGGAGGCUCAUAGUACAGGGCAAGCACUUGUCUUAUCAACAUGGAAAGCGAAAGCGGAAAAGUAUUGUGAAGAAUUACAGAAAAAUGGCUUAACAGUUUCAAUAAUUCAUGAAAGUCAAUUAAAAAAUAAAAAAAAAACUUAA